AAACAAAAUACUCGAAACACAUCAGAGAAGCAAUAAGGGCGGAACGGAAGCGACAGGGCCAGAGGAUGGACGACAGCGACGACGAUGUGGAAAUGGUCGGCGAGUCCACCGAAUUGAUCAGGUCCAAGCUGCUCCAGAUUCGCAAGCAGAUGCCCUUCAUCCAGAGCGUGCGCGCGAAGUACCAGGACAGCCUCUCCGAUCUCCAGAGCGAGCGCCUCAAGUCACUCAUCAACCUGCUCCAGCGGGAUAACGUGUCCCUCAUAACCCUGAACAAAAUCGAGCGGAUUAUCAACAAACUAAAGAGCAAGUUUGGGCCGCGACUAACUCAGCAGAACAACAAUGUCAACAAAAACAACAGCAGUUCCAGUGGCUCGGUCGAAGUAAUCGAUAUAACCGGCAUCCAUGAGCCGGAGGGCCCAGGUGGGGCGGGUCUGUCCAAAGCCAGUCCCAAUCCAACCCCCAAACCCGCAAAAGUGAGUACUCCCGGUAAGUCCAAAAAUGAGGCACAAAGUGGUUCGAGAUCCAGUGCUGCGACUGCCGAAAAAACGAAAGAAGCUGCAUCACCAGCUGCCACUGCCUCCAAGGAGGCUUCAGUGGGAGCACCUGCUCCUGCAGCGUCUGCGCCAGUUACAGUUCCUAGUGCCAGGACACCCACUACAUCGCCAUCGCCAUCGACAACGACUGUGGAAAGCAACGAGAAGACUCCGCCACCGCCGCCCUUUGUAGUUACUCCAAGGGACGGUCCUCGCAAAACCACAAUUCAGGGAAAGAUCGGGGUCCUGGCGGCUAUGCAAGCAGCCCGCAAUGAGGAGAGGAGAAUCAGGGCGACUAAUGCCAGAAAUCAGUCUGUGAAGUCUACGCCGUCGUCGCCCAUGUCGGUGGGCUCUGCCUCUUCCGGCACAACAGUCAAAGAUUCCAGUGACGGGUCUCCAGAGGCGGUGAAAUUUACGCGGCGAGCAAAUCCGGCAGCCAAGUCCCCAUCCCCGCCGCAAUUCACGCGUCGCAAUUAUUCGGCACCCAAUGCGGAAGCUGUCUUUCAACGCCGACCGCCACAGGGAGCCCCUUCGCGGCUGUCCGACCCACCGGCGGAAGGAAGGGACUCUUCCCCGGGAUCAGCAACCGAUGAGCAGAACACUGCUUGUUCCCUGGAAGAGGCACGCAAGAAGCUGGCCGCUCUACGGGGCGGAGCACCUGGUGGUGCGGCGUCCAAUGGCCAGGAACAGCCACUGGUGGUACCCAAUCUUUGCGAUCCCCGCCUGCGCAAACACUACAGCCCGCCAUCGUCAUCUAACAGUUUCAACAAUAACAACAAUAACAGCAACAAUAAUAAUAUAAUUGUACCAUUGAUAGCUUCUCCCCUCGUGAGAACACCAUCGCCCAUACCCCCGCCGCCGAGCGUGAAGCCAUCCAAUUGGAUAUCCUUCUCGAACAUUCCGGUUAAUGUGAGUGCCACAGCACCUGGAAACCAGCCAUUCCGAUCCUUUGAUAGGGAUCCCAAGCCCCAGGCACAGCAUCAGCGAUACAAUGGUAUCGAAUCGAGGGAUCCGCGCAGCAGGCCUCCCCCUCCCCCUGCCCAUCCCCAUCCCCAUCCACAUCCACAGCAGCCGCCGUAUGCAUCGAUGGCCUCCUAUUCCGGCAAUCCAAGGCGGCCGCCCAAUAACUUUAAUGCUUUCGAUGAGGCCAACACCUGGCACUCGGCCCAGCAGAACGCCAGUCCCAAUAUACACAUAAUUGGCAACGGGAGUGGCUUCAAUGUGCCCAGCUGGAAUGGUCUUACGAACGGAAACGCCAGUGGUUUCAAUGGCUCUGGCAGCUUCAGAGGUGGCCCCAGUUUUCGGGGAGGACGUGGAGGUGGCCAUCCCAACAGACAGUAUGUUAGGCCAGGUGGACCGGGAGGAGAUGUGCCGCGCACCUACAAGGAGCACAGGGAGGCUAAGGCCCGGGCAGACGCAAUGGCCAGGGCAAAGGCUGAGGAGGAGGUGCGCUGGCUGGAGGCGGAACGGAAGCGGUUGCUGGAGGCAGCCAAUAAGGGCGAUGGCAGGGAUCGGGAGCAGGAGCGGGAGCUGGCGGCGGCGACGGCAGUGCCGGAACUGCAGCUGGACACCUCCUAUCGCAACGUAACGCUGAAGGGUCCUGCCAAGAAGAUCGAUUUCCGCAUACCCAAGAAGACUCCUGCGACGGUCACCAAUGAGGGGGCGGAGGGUGCGGCUGGGAACAGAAACAAAGCCUGUGAUGCGAAAAAGGACAAGGAUACGGAUAGAGUUAAGGAAGUUAAUGGCAACUCAAAGGAUACUGAUAAGCCCAAAAACAAGGAUAUUGCUAAGGAUAAGGAUAAGGACAAGGAUAUGGAAAUAGAAAAAGAGAAAGAUGGGGAGAAGGAAAAGAAACAGGAGACAGAGAAAGCAUCAAAGAAGAAAGCGGACAAAAACAAGCCCCAAAAGGUCGAGGAAAAGAAAGAAUCGAAAAAGAAACGGAACAGGAACCGGAACCGGAAACGAAAUAAAAAGAGUGCGGAGCGCAACGCCGAGAAGAAGGUUCCACCAAGUGGCAACCGAGACUUUGGAGAUGCGGAGAGUGCGGCCAGUUUGGGAAGCUCGGAAAACACGGAUAAUCUGGAGAACGAGCCCCCGGUGCCCGAAAACAAUGCUUCACCCACAACGGAGUUGCCGCAGGAAGCUCCAUCGCAAAACCCUCCAUCGGAAGACGACGACUCCGAGGAAGAUGAUGCAUUUGAUAAGAUUCCAACAUUCCAAAAGAAAAAUACUUCCGUUUCCGAAGGAAAGCAGCCGGCAGACGACGAUAAGGAUCGGACCACGAACUCAGCCAGCCAGGACGAGGACGAGGCGAACAAGAAAGAGGAUAAAUCGAACAAAAAGGAUAACGCCGCAGACCAAGAGAAGGCCUCAGAGCCACCUAGCGCGGAGGACAAGCCCCCGAAACUGUCGAAAAUGAAGAUAGUCCUCGGUCCGAAUGCUCACACCGUAAUUAUGCCUGACGAUCACUCAGGUUCGAAGGACAAAAAUAAGGACCCCAUGUUUGAAGAUGAGCACGACGACGAGGAAGUCCCGGGACCCACAGUCCAGGAGCUGAAGCGAAUUAUGCAGCGUCGCAAUUCUAUGGCCCCGACGGCCAGCAAGCCGCUAGUGGACAAGGAGCAGCUCUUCACCGGUCGCAGCCUGGUCUACGAGGAUCUCCAGGAGCAGGACCGUAAGAACCAGCAACAUCGCAGUCUGGCCAAUUUGUUCGAAAGGACCAGCGACAACUGCCGUGUCUCCACCCACAACAUAAUCACCGGCAAGCGGAGAACUCGGGGUGGCCAGGAGAACUUCAAUGAGACCACACUGAGCCGAAGCAUCUUCGGUCUGGGCCAGAUAACCCGCACCAAGAAAGGGGAGACCGUGAAGAAGGCUGCUUCCAAGGAAGAUGUUCGCAAGACAGACGAUAGCAAAGGUGCCAAAAGUAUUAUUAGUUUUCCGGGCAAUCGGAAGCGACGACGCCAGAUAAGCGUGCGAGAAGCGCCACUGAACCCGGAGGAUGAUGUCCCAGAGGACAAGUCUGUUAAGGAAGACCAGGAUAAUAAGAAGGAUCAGGACAAUAAGGAAGACCAGGAUAAUAAGAAGGAUCAGGCCAAUAAGGAAGACCAAGAUAAUAAGAAGGAUCAAGACAAUAAGGAAGACCAGGACAAAAAGAAAGACCAGGAAAAGAUGAAAGAGCUGCCAGCCGCGGAGGUGGCUCAAAACCCAGAGCUAGAGUCUGAGGCAGAGUCGAGUGCCACCAAGAAGCCCCGCUUGGACCUGGAGGUCGUGAAAAUCGUUGCCUUGACCGAGAUCCAGAAGAAACCGCAAGUAACUCCGCCGCCAAGUGGGCGCCAGAAACCACGCAAGAAGCCGCGCAAGAAGCGCAACGAGCUGGACAAGCUUAACGAGGACAUAGCCCAGAUGUACUAUGGGGAGGAGGUGCUGCGGGCCACGGGGCGACGGGCGUGCACCAAGCGGCCUCAGGGUCGUGAACGCGCCCGCACCCGCACCCGCUCCCGAACAGUGUCCUCGGCUCGUUCCUCCUCCUCCCAGCCCGGGUCGCCUUCGCGCGACAAUCCUGAAAGUGCCACAGAGGCCAGUACACAGGGCACCAGCUCCAGCCGCUUGUCUAGCCCACUCUUCAUUAGAAACAUGGCGCGCAGAGGAAAGACCUUUGGCGGACCAAGGUCCUUGGUGGGGGGAAUCAACCGUGUCAGUGUCAAGUCCCAGACACUGAAAGCCAAGAAAUUCAGGGUUAGGAUUCGCAAGUGUGCGCUUCUUGAACAAAUGCUAAAGCAGCAGAAGAGUGUCACCUCACAAUCUCCGACGGAGAAGUCCCAGAAGAAGGUGGGCACUCAAGGGGAGGGCACUACUUCCACGUCGCAGAAGGAAAAACCGGCAAAGAAGAAGAAACGCCACAACAAUGGAAUCAAGAACGUGAACUCCGAAUGGCACGCCCUCUCCGCGGCUGUCAGCAGUUGUGUCGUCUGCGACGUGCCCAUCCGGCAGAGUCCCACCCUCCAUUACUUGUUGAAGCACCAGGAGCACUUUGCCGCCCGGCUUAGUCCCGAAAUGCUGCAGGAGCUGCGCAACGGGCGGGGCACCAAUGCGGACUACAAAAUCCACAGGGGCUGCUCGAAGGCGAUCUUCUACCACUUCGUGUGCCCGUUUUGCAUGAAGCCGCUGAUGAUGAAGCCCGCCAGCCUGGCCGACCAUCUGGCCUACCACCUGGGCGAGGCGCGGUACAUGUGCUCCCACUGUCGGAUGCCCAACAAGAACCGGAUCGGCCAGCUGACGGCCCACACCAAGAACUGUGCUCCCGGCGCCCAACCCGUGAUCAAUCCCAGCGUCAGCCGUAUGCCGCUCAACGUCCACGUCUGCCAGCUCUGCCAGUUCGUGCAGAUCGAGAAGAAGCACCUGGACAACCACUUGAUAGAGCAGCACGGCCUGGCGAAGGAUGAGGUAGACGACCUGGAGGUGGAGCAGCUGACGAUCUGCAGACUGGACGAUGUGCCGCUCGUCUCCUCCCAGGAUGAGGCCAAUGCCAUUUUGCGAAAGAACCGAAACGAAGCCAGUGCAUCGAAGAUGGAGCUGAAGUCCGCAAAGAAGAAGAAGGCGGAGCGAUUGGUUAAGGAAGAACGCGGCGAGCGGGAUGAAGGGGAGACCCAGUCCGAGCCAGAUGGUGGUCCAGAGGCGGAGCCGGAAUCGAGCACGCAGCCAGCCAAAGUGGAAGUGGAGUCGGAGGGACUGGGUCUGCAGCUGCCGUUGCCUCCACCGGAAGAGGAAGCUGUCUUGGUGGUCAACGAGUGUCUCAUGGACGUGGACGAGGACUCCGCGGUGGAAGACGAAAUGGAACCCGAGCCAAGCCAGCAAAACAUGAGCCUGACAGUGGAGCACAAGCCAGUGAUGCUCAUCGAUAACCGAGGUAUCCUCGAGGAGGCGGCUCCGUCCAAGCCGGCGAAGCGAAAGCCGUCAGCUCCUCCGCCGGAUAUUAGUCUUUCCGAGCUAACCGGCGAUCUGCUCGAUGGCAUUGGUAGCGAUGAGUCUGACAUUGAGGAUUCGCAGGACAGAGCCUCGGCGGCCCUGCGAAAAAAUAACGAUGAUGAUGACGAGGACGCCCUCACCGACGACUGGGUGGAUCUAGAGACGGCCAAUAGGAUCUCCCGCAGUCGAAAGAGCAUAUUCUACAACUUCAAUCGUUUGUGCACGAUCCUGAACAAGGGGGGCAGCAACACUCGCCCAGGUGGACGUGGAGGCACCUCCACCGGCAGCAAUGACACGAGCAGUGAAGUCAUUGAUCUGGAUGCUGAGCCCGAUCCUAGCGAGCUCUUGCCCUCGCUGAGACCGCUGGAACCACCAGAAACGGUGACGAUUGCCGAUGAGACUCCCAAAGAUGUUCCAGGUUCGAAAAAGGCACCUGCUGACCCUCCAGCUGCCUCAACUCCAGUUUCAAGCCCCGCUCCUACUCGAGGGCCAGUUCCAGCACCUCCGAAAAGGCAGGUGGAGAACGUGGCCUUCCGGGUGUGGUCGGCGAGUGGAAGUGACCCCAACCGACGUGCCUACUACUGCAUGCAACCCGGCUGCACUUUCCUCUUCUCCAGCGAGCUGGUGGGCCUCGAAACCCACUUCCGAAUGGAGCAUCCCACUAUUCUCUGGAGCGGCACUUGUGUCAGUUGUCCAGGUCGCCAUCAGGCAUCGGCAUCGCCUCAUACCAUAGCAGAGGAGUUGCGUCACAUGAUACACCACAUGUCGCAGAAGAGUCCCACAAAGAAGGCACCAGCUUCGGUCGAGGCUGCGCCAGCACCUACACCAUCUGCCGAUGCUGCACCCGAGCCUGUAACCCUCUCAGCGGCGGAACCUGUUGCCUCGUCGGAUCCAGUUCCUUGUGCAGAUGCGACUCCUGCAGUCGUAUCGCUUCCCAAGCUCCGUGUGCGACGCUUCACUGGCGAUCGGUUGGUCGAACCGGCUGCCACAGGAGAGGAGGUGUCUACGGAAGUGAGAACCCCACAACUGGAUCCCACGGAGACUGGGAGCAACACAACGCUGCGGGACCUUCUGCUAGCUGAUCCCCGACCUCCCAACCAGGUGGAGUUUAAUGCCGCGGGUCUGGGAGAGUUCCUGGUGGCCAAACCGAUUACCCCACCCCAGGAACUUCCGUCGAACCCCCUCCCUGUGGUCAUAAACUACCAAAGUGGCCUGGCUCUCUCCAUCAGCAAGGUGUACAGUGGCGCCCAGAUGGGUGAGGACGCAGUGACCCUGCCAGCGGAAGCCCCUGUGGAUACUGAAUCUCCUGCUUCUGUUCUUCCUCAACCUCUGGCGCAUACUCAAUUCCGAUGCAUGUCGUCGGGAUGUGGCUUUUGUGCCAACACGGUCCUUUCCAUGAAACAGCACCUGAAGAUCCACGAGCUUAAAGGCACGGGCACGGGGCAUCUCAUCUGUGGCUACUGUGAUCAACGCACCACCGAUAUUGACGACUAUCUGGACCACGGCGUCUUCAUCCAUAGCUUGGCGCCCCGCUCCGAGCUGGAGGGCCUUCCGGGAUCGGAGUCGGUUAGUCAGCAAAUCCGGGAUGUGUUCAAUCAGCGCAGAAACCAACGCAAGUCCACUACGACCAUGCCUUCGACGGUGAACUCCACAGAGAUGUCCCUCCGUCCCCAACCUCAGGCGGUAUCCCGCAUAGAGACGUCCCUUCUCUCACAUCCUCCAGCAGCCGGACCUUCAACGACCGCCUUCCAAAACGCCGAGAACGUGACCAAAAUGGUAGUGGAGAUCCUCAAGCCCACGGGACUUAAUGCUGACCGGCUAUUCGCCUGCCCGACAAAGGGCUGCACUGUCCGGCUGUCGGAGGAUCAGUUCGUCAACCACGUCCUCUUCCACAUCGGGAGCAGCGCGAGCGAGUCCAUCCAGGUGAAGUGCAAGUUCUGCAACGUGCAGACGCCGCCGCAGUCCCUCCGCACCCACCUGCAGCAGGCCCAUGCUCCGCACCGGUUCAUCUGCAGCCUGUGCCUCGCCACGUCGACCAACAAGCGGAUGAUGCUCCACCACAUCCGGCAGAACCAUCAGGCGCACUUUGAGGGGCUCGGCCGCAAGGUGCCCUUCAUUUCGCUACCCCUGGCAGAGGAGGCAGAGAGGAGCGGAAGCAAAUCCAAUGACCCAGCCGCAACGGAGUGCUUUUUGGCCGCCGUGGAGCAGCCCUUCGGUCCAGCUCAGAUGCAGGACUUCCACAGGAAACUGACCGCCGAGGUAACCAAUCGCCGGCUGGGCACCAAGACUCAUUACCGGAGUUCCGAGUCGGCCCUUCUGCCCCGUAAGCCCAUCUUCCUGGAGUCCAUCCACUGCGCCGAAUGCUCGUUCAGCUCCGUGGUGCGAACGACGAUCAUCAAGCAUCUGGGCGAUCACCGGGAAGAGGCACUGCGUCUGGCGUAUGAAGCUGAAUCUGUACCUCAACCUGCAGCCGCGGCCCCUUUCUAUAAGGUACAGCUGCAGCAGUCGGAGCAGCCGCAGGUCCCUGCCCAGCCUCUCCAGCCUAACCAGCCUAACCAGCCUGCCCAGCUGGAGAAACGCCCGAGUCAGCCUUUGAAGGAAAUAGUCAAACUGAAGCCUCAAUUGCCAACGGUUGCCGAGUACAUAUAUGUGCCCAGAAAUGUGCGCUUCCGGUGCGGCAUCAGGACCUGCGACACUUAUGGUCAGCUGAUGAGCAGCGAGGAUAAGCUGCGCAAGCACAUGACCGACGAGCACCAGUACAGCGAAACAGUCAUCUGUCCGCACUGCAGUUACAAGGUCAAUGGCGCGGUGAGUGCGGAGCGGUACCUGCAGCAUCUGCUCUGCCACAAGCGGUACAUCUACCAGUGCGGCGAGUGCCCGCGCUUCCAUCCCCGGCGCGCCGUCAUGGAGCGGCAUGUCCAGAUACGUCAUCUGGAGGCUCAAAACCGCGAAGUGGCGGUGCUGGUGCACCAGCGCACCCUGGACUUGCACUCAAACGGCACUGUUAUAACACACAUCAGGUGGAUAAGGACUCCCAAACAGGCGAAUCCAGGCUGGAUGGAGUACAUGUGUAAUUUGUGCCAGGGAUUCUUUCCAUCUGCCGUCCAGAUGAUGGCUCAUGCACUGACCGAGCACGGCCUGCGGUACCAGUACCACUGUCCCGAGUGCAAGAACGGUGCUCGGGACGCCGGCAGCAUUGUCGAUCACAUUCUCAAGGACCAUCCGGAUCGGCCAAUGCAACUGAUUCAGGUCUUCCAUCGCGCCCUUGGCAAGAACAAGCAGACGCUCGGGUUCUACUGCACGGUGUGCCGGGAGGCUGCCCCCAAUUACCAGAAGAUGGCGUCCCACUGCGAGGCGGAGCACCAGACCCGAAUGCAGUGGAAGUGCCACCACUGCGACUUCGCCCACUCAUGUGAGCGCCAUGUGAUGUCCCACAUGGAGGUGACGCAUCCGGGCGAGAAGGGUUUGGCGCAACUACUGUUCGACCGGGUGGUGAACCAGAUUCCCGAUGAAACCUGCUGGGAUACGGCCAAUACUCUUGAGGCGUACACUAGGAAGAAUUUAGAGGCGGCGCAUCCACCUCCACGGUCCAACACCAUUAUCACCGAGGUAGUGGACCUCUUGGCAUCCGAUGACGAGGCAGAGGACAUCGGUGACUGUCAGGAGGCGGAGAAUGUGGCAGAGUUUGCCUGCACCCAUUGCGAGGAGACGAACAGCAAUCUGCAGGAUCUGCGCACCCAGCACUGGGCCAAGGUGCAUCCCGACAAGCCGUUCUACUUUCGGGUGCAGACGCAGCUGCUCUGCUCCGAGUGCAAACGAUUCAAGGGGAACGCCAAGGUGCUGAGGGACGACCACCUGAUUAAGGAGCACUCGCUGCGGAACAUUGUCGCUUGCGACGUUAAGCGGCCGGAGGAGUGCGCGUACUGCAACUACCGCUACACCGGCAGGAUGGACCUGAUGCAGCACAUAAACAAGGAGGGCCAUCUGCCCAACGACCUGAAGAACGUGACCGAUGCCGAGCUGGACGCCCUGCAGCAGCUGAGCUCGUGCGAUGCGGCCACCAACGAGUACUACCAGUGCGAUUUGUGCAGCGUGGUGAUGCCCACAAUGAGCGCCAUCGCCCAGCACGGGCGCGUCGAGCACAGCAAGCCGGGCGAACGGUUCUGCUUCCGGAAACUGAUGGCGCCCAUCAUCUACCACUGUUUCUACUGCAUUUUCACGUCCACGAACGAGUUGGUGACGCUCCGGCACAUGCUUGACCACUUCAAUCGCUUCUUAUUCUGCCACUUUUGCACGGCCAGCCAGGGGAACGGAUUCGAGGAGUACAUCCAGCACUGCUACGACUUCCAUCGCGACGAACUGAAGCGAUUCCCACUGAUCCACACGUACGCCGAUCUCCGCAAGUUCCUCAUGCAGGUGCGCUACCAGUUCCAGAACGGUCUGAUCAUCUCGAAGAGCAGCCUGCGGAACACCCGCUACAACGAUGAUGGCAUGAUGCGGGCACUGAACACGGAACUGAUGUCCAAGGUGCAGAAUCUAAUGGUGCCCCGGCCCACCAUCAACAUAAAGGCAGCUGCUCCCAAUCAGCACCAGCAACAACAGCGGCCGCUGGUGAAGAUCACAGCCAGACGCAAGACUGUGACGACACCUGGUGAGCUGGUGAGGACCGUCCGGGUUGAGGAUGAGGCUCAGCCACAGCCCCAGCCCCAGCCCCAGCCCCAGCCCCAGACCCCGCUCCAGCGGCUCCUCAAUUCACGGGCAGGUGAGGCCAGUGGGCACCAUGAACAGCAGCCGGCUUCGUUGGCAAAAAUCACAAAAAGACGCAAGACUGUGACAACAUCGGAUGAUGUUGUUAGGAUCGCCUGGCAAGAGAACGAUGUGCAGCGGGAAAUGAAUCUGGUGGUGAAGCCACUGCCGGCGCCCGUUAAUUUUCAAGAACAGCGGCAGGUGGCACUGGUGCCACGACCCCAGGAAAUCCAGGAACUGCCACAGGUAUCUGUGGUGAAGAUAACCAAAAGACGCAAGACUGUGACGGCAGCCGAUGAGCUGAUGAGGCUCGCCCGGCAGCAGAACGGGGAACAGCAGCAGCAAAGCCUGCCUGUGGAGGCGACACCGACCCAACCCCGACCGGGGACAUCCCAACAGCUUCAAGAGCCAAGGGCGAACUCGCCCUGCGUGAUACGCAUCGUGAAGCGACGCCAAAGCUAUGUGGUCCGCACCGGACCCGAGUGAACACUCCAAAUGAGCUCGAGACUAAGACUAAGCAUACUCCUUCUUUCCACGCUCCACAACACUUAAAACCCUAAAUAAGCAAGAGAUAAACAUGGACUUUAAAACCGAAUUACGUAAAACACUCUUCAAAGUAGUUUGUUUCAAACUCGAAAUUAUGUAACCCAAGCUAUAAAGCAUUUUUUUUUCGUUAGGACCUAAGGACUUGUAUGUUUACUAGAUUUGUAAGAUAGGACCGGA